ACCACCAAUGGAUCCAAAACAUUCAAGGGGCUGCGAGGAGAUCGUGUGUUAUGGGAUUUACACGAAAGCAGAGAUGUCUUCAGAUCCAUGUGGCACAUCCCUGCACUGAUAUGGGAAUCAACAAAGAAGGAGUUGGGAGCAGUAAAGGCGGGAUCUGGAGUCCAGGGGGAGUGCAAUGCAGUUAGUGCUGCAGGAGUGACGGUUUCUGCAAGGUCGGGGGAGACUGAUUGGGAAACCGCACACAGGCAUCUAGGGCAUGUGGCUAUGCCAUUGCUGCAGCAACUGCAUAAGGAAGAAGCAGUAAAGGGGCUGAAGCUUUCUGGGCAACCAAAUGAUACCAAGUGCGAGACGUGUCUGCUGAGCAAGUUCACACGGUUCCCCUUUCACGGCAUAGCUGGGAAAAGCAAGGCAGCACUGGAACUGGUGCACAUGGACCUGGUAGGACCUUUUCCAGUUCGAGGAAGUAAGGGGGAAAGAAUGGCAACGAGAAAGCUGCUGAGCUCUACAAGUGGAGGAGCCACAACUGAGCAGCAGGAACAGGCUCAAGGCGAAGAUGCAGUGCUGUUCUUGGGUGAUGACCAAGAGUCAGAUGACGAGGAGCCUGCAUACUGCUUUUACGCACCAAUACAACCUCCGAGCAUGGAUUAUGCGCUAGCCGGGCCUCAACGGGGGAAGUGGCUCGUUUCAAGAGAUGCAGAGUACAACAGCCAGAUGGAGAAUCACACAUGGGACCUGGUGUACUUGCCAAAUGGGAAGAAGGCAAUACAGUGCAAGUGGCUGGCAAAAAUCAAGACGGAUGAGAAAGGAGAGCCAUCAGUUUACAAGAGCAGGCUGGUGGCAAAGGGGUUUCAGCAGAAAGAGAAAGAAGAUUACAAAGAAGUGUUUGCCCCAACUGCUAAGUCUCCAACGCUACGUGUGCUGCUGGCGGUAGCUGCUGUGCGUAAAUGGAAGGUGAAGCAGAUGGACAUCGUAACCGCUUUUUUGUACGGCAUUGUGGAAGAGGAGGUGUACAUGGUUCAACCACCUGGCUAUGAGGAUGGAACUGGUCGUGUCUGCAAACUUAACAAGGCCAUCUAUGGCUUGAAGCAGGCCCCGAGAUGCUGGUACAACAGGCUGGCCAGUGCACUGGAAGGGAUUGGAUUCCGUGCGAGUGCAUGCGACGAGAGCCUAUUCCUGAUGGGCAACGGGGAGUCGCUUGUGCUUCUGCUGGUGUACGUGGAUGACAUCCUGCUCUUCAGCAGCAGUGACAAGGAGAUCGAUGGGGUGCAGCGGAAGCUCACAGAGCAGUUCAAGUGCAAGUCACUUGGAGAGGCAAGGUACUACCUGGGAAUGCACAUUGAGCGGGAUACUGAACGUGGCUGGCUCAAGCUGCAUCAGGGACAGUACAUCAACACCUUGGCUGAGAAGUACUCUCUGCAGGAAGAACGGGAAGUGGUUACACCUUUGCCUUCCGAGUUCAACUCAUAAAGGCAGCUGAAGGAGAAGGAGUUGAAAGUGAAGACCAGAGGCAAUUCCAAUCCAUGGUCCGGAGCCUAAUCUACGCUGCUGUGCAUACUCGGCCUGACAUCAGCUUUGCUGUGGGACAGCUGGCUCGAGUAG